UCCACUGCCUGUGAUGCUCUAUAUACAUUCAUAUGAACAUCUACUCUACACUCAGAGGAACGUUGCAGAAGUGAAUCUUCUACAGGGCCUCCUGUUCUAAACUUGUAGAAGAGGGACUCUUUGGACACGGAACACAUCACUGAUGAAGUGACUGCUGUUGUCAUGAAGCCCUCUCUCCAGGUCAAACAACAGGAACAGAUGGUCUUCCCACUGGACUCUACAAGAACUCCUGGAGUGCUGAUUUCACUCAUACCAGUGGUCCAGGCUCAAGUAAAACCCAAACCGACUGUGAGAGUGAAUCCUCAGAGCUCCGUCUACACUGGAGACACCGUCACUCUGAGCUGUGAGCUGCAGCAGGAGACUGGAUGGGAGUUUUACUGGUACAAAAAUAAUCAGCUGUUACAGAAUCUGAACAGUGAACAAGUGAACACACUUAAAGUGACAGUCGAUAAUGCAGGAGAAACAGAGUACCGGUGUUGGGCACACAGGAUAAACUAUAACUACUAUUACAUGACACAGUUCAGUGAUCCUGUCAGGAUUACAGUGAGAGUGAGACCUAAACCAGUGGCAUCCAUGAAUCCCGAUAAUCAGGUGUUCAGUGGAGACACCGUCACUCUGAGAUGUGACAUACAGGAUGAAAGUGUCUCUAGCUGGCAGUACAGCUGGUAUAAAGAUACUUCACACAGUCCUGUCAGUAGUGAACAGGUGUACAGUAUCAGUGGUGUUGAAGUGACCCACACAGGUACAUACACCUGUAGAGGAACAGAGAGAGGAGGCUCACGCUCCUCACACUCCAGUGAUGUUAUUACACUGACUCUAUCAGAGAGACCACAGGCAGUACUGAGUGUAUCUCCACACAGCUGGCUGACUGAAGGAGACUCAGUGACUCUAAGCUGUGAGGUUACAGACUCCUCUACAGACUGGACAUUCAGCUGGUACACAGUUGUUCCCUACAGAGACGGAUUAACUGGAAUAAAUAAUAAUCGUGGCUAUAUUGUGUAUGUGGAGCUCCUCUCAGACAGCAGCAGAGGAUCUGGAGGCAACUACACUCUCAGUCCUGCUGCUCUUAAUCACACAGGAGUUUAUAUGUGCAGAGGAGAGAGAGGAGAACCAGCCUUUUACACACAGUACAGCAAUCUACAGCCACUAUGGAUCACUGGUGAGGAAAAUUAUCUGUUGUGUUGAAGUGUAGACUUUAAAAGUGUGAAUGUAACAUCAGAUUAAUGCAGUAUUUAUGCAAUUGUGUGUAUAAAUAAAGUAUGUGUAUGAUACACAUAUAUAGGACUCAGGACAUGGUUGAGGAUUUCAGUGAAGGAGGAUUUU